GCUGCUGGAAUCAGAAAUGCAGAUGACAACACUCCAAUCAGUGCUGCAGUUGAAGCUCCAGCAGCGACGCACACGGGAGGAGCUGGUGAGCCAAGGGAUCAUGCCGCCUCUGAAAAGUCCAGCUGCAUUUCAUGAACAAAGAAGGAGUUUGGAGCGGGCCAGGACAGAGGACUAUCUGAAACGGAAAAUCCGGUCCCGUCCGGAGAGAUCAGAGCUGGUUAGGAUGCACAUUCUGGAAGAGACCUCGGCUGAACCCUCCUUGCAGGCUAAGCAGCUGAAGCUAAAGAGAGCCAGACUGGCAGAUGACCUCAAUGAGAAGAUAGCGCAGAGGCCAGGUCCCAUGGAGCUGGUGGAGAAGAACAUCUUGCCUGUGGAAUCAAGCCUGAAGGAAGCCAUUAUCGUUGGACAGGUGAACUACCCAAAGGUUGCAGACAAUUCCUCCUUUGAUGAGGACAGCAGUGAUGCCCUCUCCCCAGAACAGCCAGCCAGCCAUGAGUCCCAGGGGUCUGUCCCAUCACCGAUGGACUCCCGGAUUUGUGAGCCUCUCCCUAGCACCACUGGCACAUCAGUAGCUCAGGGUACAUCCCAAUUGCAGAUCAGCGCAGACUCCAGUGAAACACUUUUCCUACCUGAACAGCCACCCCCACCUCUGCCACCUCCACCUCUUCUGCCCCCUAGUCUUACCAAUGGAGCAGCUCUUACUGCUGCCAAGCCUCCACCAACACUCAUUAAGCAAAGCCAGCCCAAGUCUGCUAGUGAGAAGUCUCAGCGCAGUAAAAAAGCCAAGGAGUUGAAGCCAAAAGUCAAGAAGCUUAAAUAUCAUCAGUAUAUUCCCCCGGACCAAAAGCAGGACAAGGGAGCUCCUCCCAUGGAUUCAUCCUAUGCCAAAAUACUGCAGCAGCAGCAGCUCUUUCUCCAGCUUCAGAUCCUCAACCAGCAGCAGCAGCACUACAACUAUCAGACCAUCCUGCCAGCCCCACCAAAGCCUCCAGGAGAGCAGCAGAGUGGUGCCAGUGCUCCUGCUGUGCGCAGUCUCUCUGCCACAGUCAGCAGCGCAUCUUCAGUACCUUCUGGUUCCAGUGGGCUGAUGCGACAAAACAGUAAUGCUGCAGUGGGCAAGCCUGGCCCUCUGCCUGCCAACCUAGAUGAGAUGAAGGUAGCAGAGCUGAAGCAAGAGCUGAAGUUGAGGGCCUUGCCUGUCUCAGGCACAAAGACAGACCUGAUUGAGCGUCUCAGAGCUUACCAAGAGCAGAAUGGAGCAGCCGGCCAAACAACCCCCACUCCCAAGCCCAGCACAGCAGCCAUGCUCCCAAAAGCUGCCGAAGUGGUGGUAGCCUUCCCAGCUGCCAGGCUGAGCACAGGGCCAGCCCUGGUCACCACUGGCAUUGCACCAGCAGAAGUAGUUGUGGCCACAGUCACCGGUGGUGGUGUGAUGAAGUUUGGCAGCACAGGCUCAACUCCUCCUGUUUCUCCAACUCCUUCUGAGCGCUCGCAGAUGAGCACAGGGGAUGAGAACUCAGCCACUGGAGACACCUUUGGAGAGAUGGUGACCUCACCCCUAACCCAGCUCACCUUGCAGGCGUCUCCAGUGCAGUUCCUGGUGAAGGAAGAAAGCUCCAAGUCUGCCUCCUGCAGUGUAAAUGCAGCACCCAGGUCGGAACAGUGUAGCACUGGUAACAGCAAAGAUGCAGAAGUUAGGGACAAAGACCAGAUGCUGCAGGAGAAGGACAAGCAGAUCGAGGAACUCACCCGCAUGCUGAAGCAGAAGCAGCAGCUGGUUGAGAUGCUUAGACUACAACUGGAGCAGGAGAAGCGCUCUCAGCAGUCACUACCAGCCCCAGCGGCUGCAGGAGAAGGAACAGCCCUUGCCUCCAACCCAGUAGCGUUUGGCAUUCAGGUCAAGAGUGAAAAUGGUUUUCUGAGUUGCCAGUCUGCAAAGCAAUCCAGUGGCCAAACAGACCAACUCAGCCCUGCACCAACCGCUAGCCAAAUGGACACUUCGAAUCCAAGCCCAGUGCCAAAGAAAGCCGUGAUGGUGAAGCAGGAGGUGCCAGCCACGGAAACAGAGCCACCGUGCCAGUCCCACAGCCCGCGGCUUUUCCUUGGACAGCAAGGGAGCUCCCUGAGCGACCUUAUCAAGGGCAGUCCGCCCCCCACCCUCAUCACCGACUCCACAGGGACCCACAUCGUCCUCACCGUGACCAAGCAGAGCACCGAGAGGCAGGGCCUCUCUCCCCAUGGGAAGGCAGGGAGUAGCUGCCCGACCUUGCAGAAAGUACAAUCAUCGCCCACUAAAACUUCCAGCCAACCACCGUGUCAGCUACCUGCAAGCACCCCUCAGCAGCCCACACAGCAGCAGAAGCAGCUGCAGCAGUCCAGAGGACUAAACCAGUCUGUCAGAAAGCCCUCAUCACAGCCCAGCUCUCCUGCUGCCCCUUCUCCAUCCCAGAUGGACCUGGAGCAGCAACAGCACACGUCGCUUUUUGGAACUUCUCCGCUCUCUGUUCCCUCGGUCCCACUGAAAGAGCCACCAGGCUAUGAAGAGGCCAUGAAACAACAGCCAAAGGCCCAGGAGAACGGCUGUUCCAGCCAGCAGAUGGAUGACCUGUUUGACAUUCUCAUUGAAAGUGGAGAGAUUUCUGCUGACUUCAAGGAUCAGUCAUCGCCCGCUGGGAAAGACCCACCAGUGGCCCCAGCCUGCUCCCCACCGCCCAGCAGCCACCAUUCCUCAGAGCUGGCGGUGCCAGUGUCCCUGGGGCAGCCGGUGCCUGUGGGCCGGCUGGAGGACUUUCUGGAGAGCAGCACCGGCCUCCCGCUGCUGACGGCAGGCCAUGAUGGGCCAGAGCCCCUGUCCCUGAUUGAUGACCUCCACAGUGAGAUGCUGAGCAGCUCGGCCAUCCUGGACCACCCGCCUUCACCUAUGGACACCUCAGAAUUGCACUUUGCUCACGAGCCAUCUGGGGGCAUAGCCCUGGACCUGGCUGAGGCUAAUUUGGACAGCAUGGACUGGCUGGAGUUGCCAGGGGGGCCUGUCAUGAGCCUGGCUCCCCUUAGCACUGCGGCUCCCAGUCUCUUUUCCACAGACUUCCUUGAUGGACACGAUCUGCAGCUGCACUGGGAUUCUUGCCUGUAACUCUGUGAGCAGAGACUGAAGGGAAUGGGAGUGGGAGGGCAGGGGCAUGCAGGGGGAAGAGGCCAGUCAACCAAAAAGAAAAAAAAG